AUGGCUGCCGAUGUCCAGCCAAUUGCUCAGGUCAAGUUGCCUGCUCGACCUUCUUCUCUGACGCCGGAGCAGACGUACUGGCGAUCCUUCAAAUCUCCUCUGAACAUUCCCUCGCCGACAAAGCAUGCAAUUACACAUAUUUCGCAGCCACAGCCCGUUAGUGUUGGCCAGAAUCCUGCCGAUUUUUUUGUUGUCACGACUGGUGCGCGGGUGCAACUUUACUCUGUCAAGUCCCGAAAACUUCUGAAGACGGUUACACGGUUCGACGAUAUUGCCUACAGUGGAGAAGCCCGAUACGAUGGACGAGUCCUUGCGGCAGGCGAUGAGACUGGUGCGAUCCAGGUGUUUGAUGUUAAUUCAAGAGCUAUUUUGAAGACCUGGAAAGAACAGAAACAACCAGUGCGCACGGUUCGAUGGAGUCCUAAGGAGACCACGUCGUUGAUGAGCUGCGGAGACGACAGAACGGUUCGACUGUGGGAUCUUCCAAGCGAGAGUAGCGUCGAGACCUUUCGCGGCCACCAGGACUACGUGCGGACGGGUGCGUUUCUACCAGGACAGUCGAGCCAUUUGUUUGUGUCGGGUAGUUAUGAUCAGACGAUCAGGCUCUGGGAUCCUCGCACGCCAAGUGCGGCGGUCAUGACAUUUAAACAUGUGGCCGCGGUUGAAGAUGUCUUAUGCAUGCCAUCUGGGACCACCAUCCUGGCGUCAGCCGAGAACCAGAUUGCAGUGCUGGAUAUCGUGGCAGGACGACCGUUGCAGAUGAUCAAAAACCACCAAAAAACAGUCACUUCGUUGUGCCUGGCAUCCAAUGGAUCAAGAGUGGUUAGUGGAGGCCUAGAUGGACAUCUGAAAGUCUUUGAAAUGACGGGGUGGAACGUUGUUGCUGGUUCCAAGUACCCCGCCGGCAUCCUUUCAACAUCGGUCGUUACGGCUGGAAACCCUCGAGAAGACACGCACGUUGUGGUGGGGAUGUCCACUGGUCAGCUCAGCAUCAGAACAAGACUCUCUGGGGAGCAAAAAGUAAAAGAGCGGGAAAGACAAAAACAAAUGGAAGCACUGAUUGCAGGGACGAUCGAAGAGUACGACAAGAAGCAGGCCAAAAAACGCCCAAGGGGACUCGAAAAGCGGCUCAGAGGGCGCGACUAUGCGGGCGAAGAUGCUGACAUCAUCGUCGAAGGAAAUGUGCGACCGAAACAGAAGAAGCUGACUCUGUGGGAAAAAGAACUGCACAAAGGCAGAUACCGGGAGGCGUUAGACAUUGCUCUGCAAGGUGCUGAUAGGCUCACGAUUGUCACCUUAUUGAACACUCUCCGCUAUCGAUCUGCACUGCGUGCUGCCCUCGAAGACCGCACCGAAUCAGAUCUCCAGCCCAUCUUGCACUGGAUAUGGAGGAACAUCUCCAGCACAGCAUUUGUUUCCCUGUGCGUGGAAGUCGCGAUGAACAUCAUGGACCUAUACUCAAAGCACCUCUCCGAAUCCGAGGAUCUCGCAAAGCACCUCAAAAAGCUACGGGACCGUGUCCACGAAGAGACCGAUCGAGCAGAGCAAGCUGGGAUAACCAGGGGAAUAAACCGCCCGAAGUCGACAUUGUGGAAUCUCGGCUAUAUUGCGCCACGGAACCUGAAGAGGCCCGGAACGGUCACUGUCGGUCUAAGGUUUCCCCGGAAGUUGCCGUGGUUCUCACUUUACAUUAUCUCAUAUGCGGGGCAUCUGAGGUCAAGGGUCUUCUGGGAUAAAAUCCUUCAACUUCUGUCAUUCCUCUACCAGUUGGCGACAAGAGAAACUCUCGAACUGGCAACAUGGCUCCUCAGACGAUCCGAUGGGGCAUUUUGGGCAAGUGAUGCCGUGUUCCGCGCCGAAGUGCAACUGGCUAACAAUGACUCAGCUACCGGAGGUAUUGCCAUUACAUUCACGAAAGACCUUCUGGUUGAUCCUGCAACUCGCGGUGUGCACGAUGUCAGACAUACCGUGGUUGCUGCAGCUAGUAGCUCCAGCACAUCCCGCGCACAGGAAUUCUUGAACGAGGUCAAGGCUCCGUCGACCGCCAAAGCGUAUGGAUCGUACGCGGAGCUUGUGCAGAACCCGGACAUCGACAUUGUGUAUAUAGCUACGCCUCAUUCCCAUCAUUACCAGAACGCAUUACUCUGCCUUGAGGCUGGCAAGAACGUCUUAUGCGAGAAAGCCUUCACUGUCAACGCCUCCCAAGCGAAGAAGCUCGUCCAGAAGGCAAGAGAGAAGAACCUGUUCCUGAUGGAGGCAGUGUGGACACGCUAUUUCCCCCUCUCUGUCUACGUACGUGAGGCAAUCAGCUCUGGGAGAUUGGGUUAUGUAGUCAGAGUAUUUGCCGACAAUUCUCGCGCUUCCGACCCGGAGAAGGUCUGGGCCGACGGCAAACACAGGAUGGUCAAUCCAGAUUUGGCGGGUGGCGCUCUUCUAGACCUGGGAAUCUACAGCCUCACGUGGGUCUUUCAGACUUUGUACACCACGCAAGCACCCGCGAGCCGCCAACCACCAAAGGUUGUUUCUAGUAUGGUUAAGUAUCCACCAACAGGCGUUGACGAGACGACCACCAUAAUACUUACGUUCCCUCGCGACCCCGAACAAGGUGGCGACAUGCACGCGGUGGCAACCACGGGAAUGCGCACAUCAAGUGACAUUGAUGGAAAGGGCACCUCUGGUCCUGCGGUCCGGAUUCAAGGCACAAAGGGCGAAAUACAAGUAUGGCCACCAGCAUACCGGCCAACGAAGACCAGGCUGAUCCUCACCGACGGUACCACGGAGGAUAAAGAAUGGACGCAACCUGGUCCAGGUAAAGGAAGUGGGUGGUUCAACGGUUUUGGAGAUGCAAUGAAUGCAGAGGGCGAGGGCCACGGAAUGUUUUGGGAGGCCGAUGAAGCCGGGAGAGCCAUUGUGGAUGGACGUACAGAGGGUAGGUAUGAAAGCUUGGAUGAAAGUGUGUUGAUCAUGGAGGUGAUGGAUGAGGUCCGACGGCAACAUGGCUUCAGCUAUCCCGAGAAGAUUGAGACGACCGAAAGAGUCGAACUAUGA